AUGGGCAAAAAAUAUCUAUAUAUGCAGCAUGCUCCAAUCUUUCUCCAGAAGAUUAAUCAAAACACAAUAGAAGAUGAGAAUUUGCAAUCUUUCUUAUUAUCUCAGCCAUUCGAUGAAUCAUUUGCAAGCUCUAAGAAGCAAAGUUGGGCCUGGAAAUAUUUCAGAAGAGAAAAGAAUAAUAUUGAAAUUAAAUUUGGAAUUUGUAAUGUAACUGACAAAUUGGGUAAAAUAUAUAAUGCCCGAUUAAAAAUUUUAAAUGGAUCAACAAAAAGUUUAAUUUUUCAUCUUUUAAAGAUUCAUGAUAUUAUGCAGAAUAACCCUGGACAAGAUAAUACUGAUAAAUAA